AGAAAGGAUGAAGGGCACUUUACCACUUUUAUAUGUUGCACGCAUCCAUAGCAGAAAACACAAGGAAGGCAGGGUAGUACAAAGACCAAAGAAGAAGAGAAAAAAAUAAAGAAACAUGCACCAAAGAUAACCACAGAACCAGAAGAAAAAAAAUUGUACCAAAAAUGUUGUUCUGAGGUACUUACACAGCGAAGAGAGAUAGGUAGUAAAGGGAAGAGGGAGCCAAAGAGAAGGUUAGCAGGUUUCUUCAGCUGUGCAUGUAUUUUUAGAAGUGUAUUAUCGUUUAAAAUCUUUGGUUUGAUUUGUGUUUGUCUUUUCUUUAAACCUCUUGUUUGUAAUAUUCAAACUAGGUUAUUUAUCUCUUCUUUCUUUUUAGCUUUCUAGCUAAAAACCUUUUUGGUGGUACUUGAUUUUGGAAACUGGAGAGUUUUAGGUUGUUGGGUUUGUGGGUUUUUUGGUUCUUGAUUUUCUUAGAUGAAGGCCAUGCCCUUAGCCUUUGAGGACUUUCAAGGGAAGGGGGCGUUAGAUUUCUCUUCUUCUUCUUCGGAUUCACUAGUAUCACAACAUCAACAACAACAGCAGCAGCAGAAACAACAGCAACAACAACAAAACUGGCUCAACAACAACAAAGAAGGUUGCUGCUAUGUGGGCAGUGAGCCCACAUCUGUGCUCGAUAGCAGAAGAAGUCCAAGCCCACCCACGUCUUCCUCAACACUGUCUUCGUCUCUCGGUGGUAAUAACGGCGGUGGUGGAGGCAGUGCCUCCACCGACACCACCGGCGUGGCUACAGCUGCUAAUUUCUCCGGCAACCCAUCAGUAGAAGAAAAAUGUGGGUUAGGAAUGGAAGAUUGGGAGGGUGUGUUGCCUGGUUCACCUAGUCAAGAACCAUCCAUUUUGAGGCUAAUUAUGGGUGAUAUGGACGACCCUUCAUUGGGAUUGAACAAGAUUUUGCAAACUGGAGGUGUUUCUCAUCAAGAUAUGGAGUUUAAUGCAGGUUUUGGUGUUGUCGAUCAAGCAAGUUUUGGUUUUGACCCUAAUAUCAGUACUUCUCUACAUGUUACUGAUUUUCCUCAUAAUAUUCACGCCAACAAUGCAAGAGUUGGUUCUGUUGCAAAUCCAAAUCAUAUUUUCCCAACUUCAGCUACCAAUCUUUUGCCUGUUCCACCUCUUGCUCCAACUGUUUUUCAACAGCAGCAGCAGCAACAACCACCACCAAUUGAAGCUCUGGAUGAGAAGCCUCAGAUAUUUAAUCCUCAGUUGAUAAUCCAUCAAAAUCAAGCUCAGUUUACUCAGAAUCCUGCUUUAUUCUUGCCGCUGUCCUACACUCAAGUGCCAGAGCAUCAUCUUUUAUCUCCACCCCCACCGAAGCGGGUUAAUCUGGGACCCAAUAAUCAGGUCCCAAAAGUACCAUUUCCGGAUUCGGGUCAGCAGGAGUUCUUUCUUCGGCGACAGGAACAGCUUCAGAUGCUUCAGCAACAACCAAGGCAAACAAUGGGAGUUCCAGUGACAGCAACGAAGCAAAAAAUGGUGAACGAUGAAUUGGCUAACCAGCAGCUUCAGCAGGCAAUAAUUGACCAGGUUUUCAAGGCCGCAGAGCUGAUCGAAACGGGUAAUCCUGUACUCGCGCAAGGGAUAUUGGCGCGGCUCAAUCACCAGCUCUCACCUAUUGGUAAGCCUUUUCAAAGGGCUGCUUUUUACUUCAAAGAGGCCUUGCAGUUACUUCUCCAUAUGAAUACCACUAAUUCUUCAGCUUUGUCCGCUUAUAGCAUCAUUUUCAAGAUUAGUGCUUAUAAAUGUUUCUCUGAAAUCUCACCCGUUCUUCAGUUUGCUAAUUUCACUUGCAACCAAGCUCUUCUUGAAGCCUUUGAAGGGUUUGAUAGAAUCCACAUUAUAGAUUUCGAUAUUGGGUAUGGUGGUCAGUGGGCUUCUCUGAUGCAAGAACUUGUUCUCAGAAGUGAGGGUCCACCAUCGCUUAAAAUCACAGCAUUUGCAUCUCCCUCUCCCUCCUCACACGAUCAGCUGGAGCUUAAUUUCACCCAAGAAAACCUCAAACACUUUGCCAGUGAAAUCAAUAUGCCUUUUGAGAUAGAAAUAUUAAGCCUUGAAUCUUUAAACUCUGCUUCUUGGCCACUGCCUCUUCAUGUACUGGAGAACGAAGCAAUUGCUGUGAAUCUCCCAAUUGCAUCCUUUUCUAAUUUCCCCUCCAACCUUCCUUUGGUCCUUCGUUUUGUGAAGCAACUUUCUCCCAAGAUUGUUGUUUCUUUGGAUAGAGGCUGUGAUCGAGCAGAUGUCCCUUUUCCACACCAUAUAAUUCAUGCCCUUCAAUCCUACUCUGGCCUGCUUGAAUCACUUGAUGCUGUCAAUAUGAAUUUGGAUAACCAGCAAAAGAUUGAGAGGUUCUUGCUUCAUCCUUGUAUUGAGAAAAUUGUAUUGGGGCGCCAUCGUGCGCCUGAGAGAUUGCCUCCGUGGAGGGGUCUGUUUGUGCAAUCUGGCUUCUCUCCAUUGACAUUUAGUAACUUCACCGAGUCCCAAGCUGAUUGUUUGGUGCAGCGGACUUCAGUUAGGGGUUUUUAUGUUGAGAAGAGACAGUCUUCGCUUGUUCUCUGUUGGCAGCGCAAAGAGCUCAUUUCAGCUUCGGCAUGGAGGUGCUAAGGAGUAGUAGCAUUUGGAUAUUGGUGUGAUGCCAAUUAAUGUUGAUUGCAAAGGUGCCUUAUAACUUACUGCUUUAGUUUCUGAUCUCUUUUGAAUUUUGUUGUCUCUGGAUCUCUUAUGCUAAUUGUCUAUGUGCUUUAGGCCUAUUGUUUCCAAUUGAAACCAAACAUUUAGUAACUGGAUGCAUGGCUUUGUACAGUCUUUUCUUAUUUUCAGUUUCUUAAGAUGGUUGUGGCUGCUACUUCA